UGUGAUUCACGGGUUUGGGGUGGCGGGUGAGGUCAAGAAAUCUCGUAGGGUUUUUGAUGCGAUGGUGAAGGAGGGUGUGGAUCCUAGUGUCGCCACGUGUAAUGCGUUGAUUCAGGUUUUGUGUAAGAAGGAUAGCGUGGAGAAUGCGGUGGUGGUUUUUGAGGAGAUUGUGAGGAAGGGGUUGUGUGUGCCGAAUGUGGUUACUUACAACAUUGUUAUCAGAGGUUAUUGUCAUGUUGGGGACAUGGAGAGGGCAUUAGGGUUUAUGAGUAGAAUGGGGGAACAUGGUUUGAGGUGUUCUGUUCAGACUUAUAAUGUUGUGAUUAGGUACUUUUGUGAUGCUGGGGAGAUUGAGAAGGGUUUGGAGAUGUUUGAGAAGAUGAGGGACGAGCCUUGCUUGCCCAAUUUGGAUACUUACAAUGUUCUGAUCAGUGCCAUGUUUUUGAGGAAGAAAUCGGAGGAUUUGGUGGUGGCUGGGAAAUUGUUGAUGGAGAUGGUUGAUAGAGGGUUCUUGCCGCGGAAGUUUACUUUCAAUAGGGUGUUGAAUGGACUUGUUAUUACUGGGAAUCAGGAUUUUGCUAAGGAGAUUCUGAGAAUGCAGAGCAGGUGUGGCCGUAUUGUUCGGCGUUUGAAAUUGUGAGAUUUUCAAUAGUUGGGUUUGGAACACAACCCACAUGUUUUUUCAGCAGUUGAAAGUGCAUGGUGCAUGGUAUUGGAGAGCAUGUUCCUCAUUCUGUAAUUUGGACGAAGUUUCUGUGAUCUAGUGUGGGGAACUCACUGGUGGAUGAUGAACCCACCAUUGCUGAAAAUCUUGCUUUCAGGGUCUUCUCAUCCAGCUUUGCUGCAUUGGGUUGAUGCUACAAGAUUGGCUUGACAUUUUCUGGAUGAAGAGGUAAGGAUGAAUUCUGAGUUUGGUCACUCUAGCAUGUUGAAAAAGAUGAGCAUAUGGGUCUUGUUGACUCCGACCCGGCCAAAUUUAACGGAAUAGGUCGGCCGGUUCGGCCGGCUUUCAACCUGACUCUGGGAAACUUGUUUAUGCAUGAACAAUGCUUAACAGGGGCCAAUUUUGUUGCCCGUUUUGGUUCCUUCAAGCAUACACAGAAUUCACCAAUUGCUUUUCAUAAGAGUUCUGCAGAUGAUCCAGUUGCACCAUCCUUCAGAAUAUAGGUGGAUUCUUUAAUACAAUAGCUGUUAUUGUCACUUUCUUUUGCCAGUACUCCAUUGUAACUUGGAAUAAGCUUCAUCAAUCUAAUAUUGCGUAAUUGCCUUUGCAGGGAUGAUGUUGGGCAAGAUAAUGAUGGAGCUCUUUAAUCAACGAUUCAUCUUCCUUGCCUCUGAUGUAAAUUCAACUAUUUUUGAAUUAAGAGUUCUUUGUAAUCUCUCUGUAUUAUUUGUUAGGAAGAAGUAAUUGUGUGGAAAUCAAAUUGUGGUA